UCGAUGAAUCUGCGGACACACUGCAUUGGUGGCGUCGUGAAAAAAAAUAAAAAAUUUGUUAAAUAGCAGAAAUAAUUACAAAUUGCAAUGGACGGCGCACCAAUUGUUGUUGAUGCCGUGCCUGUCAGCACUGAGAGCACUUCUGUGCCCGUAGUUGUUUCGAUACCUACCGUUUCCACCGUGGGCGCUACUUCCGCUUUGACAGCGGCCCCAGCAGCAGCAACAACAACAGCGACGACUGUGGCGACAGUGACAUCGACAGCGCCAGCGACAGCGACUGCGACUCCUUUGCGAAAUCCAAUCCACAACCUUCCCAUGGAACUGCAGAAUGACCAGAAGCGCAGGAGCUCCUCUCGCACCAUCAAGCGGAAGCGUUUUGAUGAUGAAAUCGUCGAGUACAACAUCACUGUGCCCACAAGUCGUGGAGGCGCAGACCCCGGCCGACGGGACAGGCCACGCCCCAGUUCCCAAAGCUAUCCAGCUCUGAUGGGAAUACCCUCGUCCCUUAAUAUGCAUACAGCACCAAUUGCCUUGCCGGAAAGUCCUCAGGCACCCGGAAUAGUGGAGGGAAUUUUGCCAGGCACACCAAGUGGUACGGUGGCAGCGGUUCCAGCGGUCACGCCCCCCGUUGAAGCGCCAGCCACACCAGCGCCUGUGGUUGCGCAAGUGCAUCCAAAGCCAGCGGCGGAACGUGCUCCAGCCACCGAAAAACGUUCGACCCUUCGUGCUGGGCGUCCGCCCAACAAGAGGUCGCAGCGUCGCAAUGGCCGUCCCUUGGCACAGAUGGCCACCAAGGAUCUGGGACGCUGGAAGCCCUGCGACGACAUGGCUUUGAUCAUCGGCAUUCAGCAGACGAACGACUUGCGCCUGAUCCAUCGUGGUGUGAAGUUCUCGUGCAAGUUCACGGCCCAGGAGUUGCAGCAGCGUUGGUAUGCUCUGCUAUACGAGCCAGCAGUGUCACGGAUUGCCGUCUCCGCUAUGCGCAACUUGCACCCCGAAAUGGUUGAGUCCAUACAGCGAAAGGCACCGUACAGUAUCCAGGAGGAGGAGAUGCUGGGCACCAUCAGUAGUACGGAAACACCCAAGCUGGAGCACUUCCAGAAGCUGCUCGACAAGAAUGCAGGUAUCUUCUACUGCGCCCGCACCGCCAAGUCACUCCAAAACCACUGGCAGCUCCUCAAGCAGUACAGCCUGCUGCCGGAUCAGGUAGUGCAGCCGCUGCAUGGCUUGGAGCAGACGUUGCUGAGCUUCUCCGAUGCAGAGGAACAGGUCUUCGAGAAUGACAUCAACGAGGCACGGGAUGAGGCAUUGGAACUGGAGGUGGCACUCACGGAUCGCCGAAACAAGCGGGACAUUCGCGUGCUGGAGAACGAGCUGACGCGUUGGGGCGUCCUGGUGGAUUCUGUGCUGGGACCGACGGCUACCUUGGAGUUCGACAGCCAGACGCUGGCCUGUUUGUGCGGCCGCAAGGUGCGCUACCUGAUGCGCUCCAAGGAAAUAACUUUCGGACGCGAUGCCAAGGACUAUUUAAUUGAUGUGGAUCUGUCUCUGGAGGGUGUGGCCGCAAAGAUCUCACGUCGCCAGGGCACCAUCAAGCUGCGCAGCAACGGCGACUUCUUCAUUGCCAACGAGGGCAAGCGGGCAAUCUUUAUCAACGGUACGCCCCUGCUGACGGGCAUGAAGACCCGCCUGGCCGACAGCUGCAUUAUGGAGAUGUGCGGACUGCGCCUAACCUUCCAGGUCAACUACGAGCUCAUCAAUGCCAUACGCCAUGAGAGCUCCAAGACAGCGAAUUCCUUGAACUAGCCUCGCUCCGAGUGUCGCAAAACAAAUCUAUUCCAUAAGUUUAAUGUUUAAUGUUCACACAAGAAACGAAACAAGUUCAGAAUGAAUUAACCAUCAGUGUAACCUCAUAAACUAAUGGAACGCCCACGUGCCAACAGUCAACGCCUCCAAUCGAACGGAAGCCAGAGUUCUUAGAGGGGAAAUGAGUGAAUGAAAAAGAGUUCCAAUCUCCCGGAUUGUCGGCCCACAGUCUGCGAACAGUCUCGUAUCUAGCUCAUGACUCCUACGCUUCUACUUCUUGGGGCGCCUAUGUCAUGGAGUUAAUUUGUGUCUACUCGUAAGCUGCUAUUAAUUACAGCUCAGACUCUCGAGAGUGGCCACUAAAACACCAUAAACCAUCUAUCCAUAACCAUUCUAUUCGCAUGUCACCAUCGCUGUGCGUCUAGGCGGCUUACAAAGCGAAUUAAGCAAACAAAGAUCCGCGUCUGUUGGGAAUUUCUUGCUCACGCGAUUGUCUGAGAUUGUUCUCAGUUCUGUAUGGUCUCGGGUUCCCAUCUAACGGGUGGGGGAAGCACAUUUAAUGGCCAGCGAUUGUGUUUGGGCAAAUUUGUUCGACCUUGCGAACUCCGCGAACUCUCCCAAGUUCCAUUUACAAAUUGUAACAGAUCGCG